UUAAGCAUGAGACUGUAAUUACUCCAAAAGCAGGGAGAAUUCCAAGUCUCUGCCUAUCUGCAGCACCGACUCAAAACAAUCAACUCCUCUUUCAAAUGUGACCAAACUACCAAUGGCAUGAGAACUUAGUUGUCUAAUAAGGAUGUUCAUUUUGGCACUCAGCAGCUUACGCAUGGCUCACAGAUGGCUUCUGUCUCAUUCUGUGUAAUCCAAUCAUCCUGCACUGCUGCGUCUCACACUUAGUCUCCAGCAGUAAUUGAAAAGCUCACAGUGACAAUUGUCUCUUCUUCCAGAUGUCGCCGAUAUAAGGAUGUGGCUUUCAGCACCUCCUUGACGUCCGAUGUGUACAUGGCCCUGCGGGUCAGAGUUGCUCCAACCAAGGUUGUGUUGCAGAACCUCCUUAUCUGUGUCAUCCUGUUCUACACUGUGUAUUAUGUAUCUCUGAGCUUGUGCUGCCUGACGCUCAAGGUAUGUGAGUUGGAUGUUCUGGCACCAUUUGACUUCAAAACAACCCCUUCAUGGCUCAACACCCAUUAUAAAGUUCUUUUAGUGUCCACAGAGGUCACCUACUUUGUAUGUGGAUUACUAUUCGUUCCGGUUGUGGAAGAAUGGUUAUGGGAUUAUGCCAUUUCAGUAACUAUUCUUCAUGUUGCCAUCACAUCAGCUGGUAAGCAAAAGAAAAUAAUGGAAACAAAGAAAACUAUGUUAAGUCUGGUGUUAUACCUAAAUCCCUUCCUAAGAGUGGAACUUUCUAGCAUGCAUUUCUCUUAUGAUGCCUUCUUCUAAAAGCUGAUGAUGAAACUCCUUCACCCACAUCCCUCACACUUCCUCCCCUGCCAGACUCUUCUCCCAAUCCACUAAGACGAGUUUUGAUAACUCCAUCUUAAAUUCAAAUCUCAACUGAAAUGUAGGUGUUUCCCAUUCUCUUUUCACAUUCAACUUGUCAUCAACUUGUACAGGGUUUGCCCCUGUAAGGGAGAUUUUUUUCUUCAAAAUCCUUCCCUGAGGCAGGAAUUGAACAAAUUGUGGGGACUGGUACUUGUGGAAAACUGUACUUGGAGGCAAGCAAGCUUUCCAACAGUAUUUAAACAACAUGAGCAUUGGUUUUUAGACUAAGGCAUUUUUAGUUCUACCUAUGAUAUUUUGAGUCAGAAGAAAAUGGACUCAAAUUCCAGUCUUACCUCUUAUUAGGAGUAUAGUCUUGGAUCAAUCACAUCCUUCAUGACGGUUUGCUUCUCUACAAUGUAGGGAGAUCUAGUGACAUUUCAAUGUGAUAGUGAGAAAUCACUAGCCACCAGGGAAAUGUAAAACAAAACCAUGAUGAGAUAUCACCUCACCUCUGUCAGAAUGGCUAAAAUCCAAGAGGCAGAGAGUAAUAAAUUCUGGCAAGGAUGUGGAAAAGGGUGAAAACUUACACAUUUUUUGUUGGUGGAAUGUAGAUUAGUACAGCCACUAUGGAAAACACCAUGGAGAUUUCUUUUUUUAAAAUAAUUGUUUUAUUUACAUAAGUUGACUAAAUUUCAUGUAUUUCAUUUGUACAGAUUUAGGAGCAUAGUGAUACUUCCCAUUCUACCAAUCCUCCCACGUUGCCAGCCUCCCUCCAUCUUUCUUUCUUAAUCAUUUAAUUUUUACGAUCACAUACUUUUAGUUUAUUUUAUAAUCAUAAGCUUAAUCCUCCACUAAAUAAAGAAUUCAAUAAAUAGUAAGAAGGAAAAACAUUUUUCCUCAACUAUAGAGACGAGGGCUAUAAACAAAUAUCAAAUAUGAAAAUGUCAAUUUCACUCAUAUACAUUACAUUUUUUACACUCUAUUAGUUAUCACAGAUUAGGGGAAAUAUAUGAUAUUUGCCUUUUGGGGACUGGCUUAUUUAACUAAGUAUAGUGGUUUCCAGUUGCAUCCAUUUUGUUGCAAGAGAGGAUUUCAUUCUUUUUACAGCUGAGUAGUAUUCCAUAAUGUGUGUGUAUGUGUGUGUGUGUGUAUUUAUCCAGUCAUUGAUUGAUGAAUAUCUGGGUUGAUUUAAUAUCAUUGCUAUUAUGAAUUGAACUGUGAUAAACAUGGGGGUACAGAUAACUCUUUCAUAUGCUGAUUUCAUUUCAUUUGGGUGAAUUCUCAGGAGUGAAAUUGCUAGGUCAUAUGUUACAUCUAUUUUCAGAUUUCUGAGGAAUAUGCACAAUGACUAUACUAGUGUACAUUCCCACCAACAGUGGAUUAGGUUCCCCUUUUCCCCCACAUACUCAUCACCAUCAGUUGUCUUUCAAUUUCUGUAUGAGAGCCAAUCUAACUGGGGUGAGGUAGAACCUCACCGUGAUUUUUAUUUGCAUUUCCCUAAUGGGUAAGUGAUUCUGAGCAUUUUUUCAUGUGUCUGUUGGUCAUUUGAAUUUUUUCUUUUGAAAAAUACCUUUUCAAAUUCUUUGUCCAUUUCUUAACUGGAUUGAUUGUUUUGUUGUUGUGUUCUUGAGCUCUUUUUAGAUUCAGGAUAUUAGUCCUUUAUCAGUUGCAUAUAUUGCAAAUAUUUUCUGCUCUUCUGUCAGUUACCUCUUCACUUUGCUGAGUGAUUCUUUUGCAGUACAGAAGCUUCUCAGCUUUGUGUAAUCCCAUUUGUCAAUUUUGGCUUUGAUUGCCUGUGCUUCUGGGGUAUUUUCUAAGAAGUCUUUGCUAUGUCAAUGUAUUGCAGAGUUUCCCCCAAUGUUUUCAUCUACUCAUUUCAUGGUAUAGGGUCAUAGAUUUAGAUCAUUUAUCUAUUUUUAAUUGAUUUUUUAUAUAAGGCAUAAGAUAGGAAUCUGGUUUUAUACUUUGGCAUGUGUAGAUCCAAUUUUCCCAGCACUAUAUGUUGAAGAGACUGUCCUUCCUCCAGGGAUUGAUUUUAGCUCGGUUGUCAAAAAUUAGUUGGUUGUAAAUGCAUGGAUUGGUUUUUCGGAGUUUCUAUU